CGGUGGGAUCCCGUACCCCCAAGCAGUUGAAACCGGCGGCUAUGACAUCAUCCUUCAGCUAUUAUAAUUCGGCCGGUGGUUUCUGAUCUAUAAGUAACCCCCUUGGCUUUGGAUGGUAUCCAGGUCUAGCAACAUAUUCCAACUACCAACGUCAACAAUUCCAAUUUUACGGCUCAGAACCUGCCGACAAUGCGCGUUCUAAUCGCAGGCAUCACAGGAAACUUGGGCAUUGCCACAGCCCAGGCUGCACUCGCUCGUGGGCACCAAGUGCGCGGCCUAGCGCGCAACCCUACGAAGCUGGACGCGGUGGUCUUCACGCCAGAACUAGAGAGCUUUGUCAAGAUGCAGAACUACUAUGACAUCACAGCACUCGACCAGGCCGUUGCCGGUGUCGAUGCUGUCAUUAAUUGCUUUUCGGGAAGUCCAGAGCUCAUGCUGGAUGGGCAGCUGCUUUUGCUUCGUGCGGCCGAACGUGCCGGUGUCAAGAUUUUUCACGCAUCGUCUUGGAAUUCCGAUUGGACGAGGAACAAGCCGGGCGACCAUGCCAUCUACGACAUGAUCAUUAACUUUUCCACUCAUGCGCGUCUUUCUUCCCCCAUUAAGCCCAUAUUUGCCUUCACAGGGGCGCUUUUAGAUUUUGCCUUCAUCACCAUGCGGCAGGAGUGGCUAAACUUCGACAAAGACCCGGCAGCCAUCAACUUCUGGGGUGACGGGACGCAUCCCAUUAUCUACACCACGAUACAUGACGCGGCAGCUUACACGGUCGCCGCAAUCGAGGAGCCAGACGCGGCCGACGGUGGCUUCUACCGCGUGCAGAGUUUCCGUUGCUCAGCGCUCGAGCUGGCGGACGGCUACGAGGCCGUCCGCGGCGUCACGCUCCAAAGGCGGAGUCUCGGGUCUCUACAGGAUAUCGAGUCCCAGCUUGCGCUCGCCCGCGCCACGACGUCUCCGAAGCAGUUCUGGGAGUACCUCGGUCUGGUAUACUCUAAGUUCAAUUACGAUGGAACCUGGGAUAUCCAUCAUACGGAUGGCCGAAAGUGGAAGUAUGUGAAGCCGACUACGUGGGAGGAAUGGCUGCGAACACAUCCUGAAGUUUGAGUUGUGGACACCGUGCUCAUUUCCAUCCGUAUUGUAAAGAUGAUUGGUUAUGUAUAGCAUUGGCGAAGCUUCUGUAUAUCAGUUACAUAUUAUCUAGAAGCGUACAGAUGCCUCUAGAAGGUUAAGCGCUCGAGAUAAGGAACACUUGGUUAUUUAAAACUGCCGACACUCCAAAAUAAC